GCCCGGCUGGAGCUGGCCGGGGCCGGGGCGGUGCCCGCGCCCGUGGUGCGCCGGGACAUCCAGGCCUUUCUCCGGGAGUGCGGCGGCAGCCCCGGCGAGGCGCGGCACUGGCUGGCGCAGUUCCAGGCGCUCGGCCACGCCGGCGGCCGCCCCUUCGCUGUCAUCGAGGUGGACGAGGCCGUCUCCCGCUGCAAGGAGACCGUGACCAGCCUGGCCUUCAGCCUGGCCUUCCUGCAGCGCAUGGACAUGAAGCCCCUGCUGGUGCUGGGGCUGCCGUCCCGGAGCUCCCUGAGCGACACCCUCACCUUCCGGGAUACCAAGGCGCUGCUGACCCAGAACUGCAAGGCCCUGACGGACGCCCUGCGCCAGAACUCCGCGGCCACCAUGCCCUUCUUCGGGGCCGGCGCCGUGCUAGGAGCGGAGCAGUUGGCCGCCAGCUCCAGUGGGAUCUCCGUGGAUAGCGACCUGCUGCGGUGGUGCCUGGAGUCCGGGAACAUCCCCAUCAUCUGCCCCGUCGGGGAGACCCGCGGCCGCCAGUCCCUGCUGCUGGACUCCGUCGAGGUCACCGCCGCCGUCUCCAGGGCGCUGCUGCCCACCAAGAUCAUCUUCCUGAACAUGACCGGGGGGAUCAGGAACUCCGGGCAGAAGGUGCUGGGGCAUGUGAACCUGCCCGCCGACCUGGACCUAGUGACCAAAGCCCAGUGGAUGGGCCACAAGGAGCAGCAGCAGGUCAGGCUGAUCGUCGACCUGCUAAGCCGCUUGCCCUACGAGGCCUCCGCCGUCAUCGUCUCUGCGGGCGCGCUGCUCGCCGAGAUCUUCAGCAACAAAGGCUCGGGGACCCUGUUCAGGAACGCUGAGCGCAUGCUGCGGACCGAGAGGCUGGAGGAGCUGGACCAGCAGCGCCUGGUCUCCUUGAUCAACACGUCCUUCGGGAAGACCCUCCGAGGGGACUACCUGGCUUCCAUACGGCCCAGGCUGCACUCGAUCUACUUCUCAGAGGGCUACAACGCAGCAGCCAUCAUCACGAAGGAGCCGGUCCUGGGCGGGAUGCCGUACUUGGACAAGUUCGUGGUCAGCUCCACCAAGAAAAGCCAAGGCUCCGGCCAGAUGCUGUGGGAGUGCAUUCGGCAGGACCUCAGGACCCUCUUCUGGAGGUCUCGCGUCACCAACCCCAUUAACCCCUGGUAUUUCAAGCACAGUGAUGGAAGCUUCACCAACCACCAAUGGAUCUUCUUCUGGUUUGGACUGUCCGACAUCCGGGAUUCCUAUGAGCUGGUGAACCACGCAAAAUCCAUUCCAGACUCGUUCUGCAAACCGUAGGGCGAUCUUUCUAGAGCGAGGCAGAGCGAGAGCAGAGCAAGUUGGGCUUGGGAGGAGUCAGGCCUUCGUACAUCAAGACCAGAGAAGAAGAAACAGCUCAGAACAGCCAGCCAUGCACAGAGCCCCAGGGUUGUUUCCUGCACCCAGAGGAAUGAUUGGCACAAAGAACCCCCUUCGCCAAUUCAGCACCCAGCUUUUCCCUAAUAAAGUGCUAGUGAAGCCUG